AUGUCUUGUUGCUUUGGUAAAAAAACCGAUGGUACGGAUCCUAUAAAAACAAUAUCAGAUCAAUCGGAUCCAUCAUCAGAACGACCAAUUAUACCUGUGAAUAAAGUUCAAAAUUCAAAUAUUGAAUAUUCAAUUACUGUAAAAACAGGAGAUUUUCGAAAUUCUGGUACAAAUGGACCUGUCUAUAUUAAUAUAUUUGGUCGAGAUGAUAAACAAACACAAGAUUUACUGUUAUCAGGACAUGAUAAAUCAUUUUCACAAGGUUGUACAAGAAAAUUUCAAAUUAAUGCUAUUGAUAUUGGUAAACCACAACGUAUUAUUAUUCGACAUGAAGAUAAUUUAACUGGGUGGUAUGUCGAUUAUAUCGAAAUAUCUGUUCAUAAUUUCUUAGUUAGAUUUGUAGCUAAUCGAUGGUUAAGUCGAUCAAAAAAUGAUCGAAAACUAGAAGCCGAACUUUUUGGUUCCGAACAACCAGCUGUUAUGUACAAUAUAGAAAUUCAAACCGGUGAUGAACAAAUUGAACCAUUAGAUUCACCAGUCUAUGCGCAAGUAUAUGGAACAACAACAGCAACACCCAAACUUUUCUUAGAUUCCAAAAAUACUUCAUUUUCAAAAGAUUCGAUAUCAAAAUUUACUAUAGCAAGCAAUAAUGUUGGAGAAAUUCAACGAAUUGUAAUUGGUCAUGAAGGAUUAGGUAAAGCUAAUGAUUGGUAUUUGAAAAGUAUUAAAGUUCAAAUGCUUUCACAACAACAAGAAUAUGUUAUCAAUAAAUUGUUAAGUCCGAUACAAGGUGAUCAACGAUUAUUUGUUGAAUUAUCGCAAGAACAACCUCGAUCGCCAUCACCACCUCGUAAUGAAAAAGAAAAAGAAAUCAGAGAUGGAACCGGCAUCAAUACCGCUCCUCCGACAUAUUUAGUAACGCUUCGAACAGCUAAUGUAUCACAAAUGGAAACGACUGAAAAUGUUGAAAUGAUUGUGCGUGGAUCUGAUGGACAAAUUGCUAAGAUACUAUUAAAAGAUUAUGCAAAAUCAAAUGGUAAACCACUUUUUCAACAAGGAAAUUUAGAUGAAUUUGAAAUAGAACAUGAAGAUAUCGGAACUAUUGAAAGUGUAACAAUUGGUUUUAGCGAUAGUAAACAGAAAGUAGCUUGGCUAUUAGAAUAUGUCGAUAUAAAAUACAAAGAAACCUUCUAUCGUUUUCGAGCACAAUGUUGGCUAUCAAGUCGUUUAGGACCUAAUUUUAGUUGGAUGACAAUCAAACCUGACGUAAACGAUGAUGAUAUUAAUUAUAAUGUUAUUGUUGAAACUGGUGAAUCCGGUAUUGAUGCUAAUGUCAUAUUAUGUAUUUAUGGUGAUGAAAAUACAACAACGAGUUUAGCUUUAGGAACAACAAAAGAUGGUUCUGAUGCAAAAUUUGAUCCAGACAGUAUUCUUGAAUUUGAUUUAAAAGCAAUCGAUGUUGGAAAAAUUAAAAAAAUUAACAUUGGUCAUGAUGGCGAAGGCAAUGAACGACAAUGGCUUUUAAAAUCAAUUCAAAUUGACAAGAAAGAUGAACAUUAUACAUUCACCGCUAACCGAUGGUUAAGUACAGAAAAAGAUGAUCAAAAAACCUAUAUCGAUCUUUUAGUGGAUGAACAAAAAGCACCAUCACCAUCACCAGUACCUAAAAAAGAUCAAGCUACUUAUACAAUUAUGGUUGUAACAAGUUCCGAAGAAGACGCUGGUACAAAUUCCGAUGUAUUAAUGACAAUAUUUGGUGAUAAAGAUAAAACUAAACAAUUUCAAUUAACGAAUACAAAACAAGGUGAUAAAGCAUUGUUUGAAUCAGGAAAAACAAAUGAAUUUGAAAUGGAAUUAGACGAUGUUGGCAAUAUUAAUAAAAUUAAUAUUGGAUUAGAUGGAAAAGGUGUUCAUCCAACUUGGCAUUUAAAAUCAGUUCAAAUACAAAAAGGAUCAGAAAAUUACAAUUUUUCGGCUAAGAAAAUUCUCGAUCAAUCAACACCAUUUAUUGAUUUAACACCAACUCCAGCUAGAAAAACACCAACUCCAGAACCUGUUAAAAUGGAAACAGUACGCAGUCAUACACCUGAACAAAAAAUUCCUCCUAUAAAAGAAACAACAUAUAAAAUAUUAAUUUACACUAGUUCACAACAAAAAGAUAUCAUUAAUCAAGAUGCUAAUUUCUAUAUAAUAAUCCAUGGACAAAAUGAUCAAACUAAAAAACUUUAUCUUAAGCAUGCAACAAUAAACGAUAAAAAAAAAUUAUAUAGAAAAGAUGACAAAGCUGAAUUUGAAUUUAAAGCAAUCGAUGUCGGAAAAAUUUCACAAAUUACUCUGGGACAAGAUGAUUCUGAAAAUGAACUCGUAUGGCAUGUUGAUAAUGUUACAAUUAAACGAACUAAUGAAACAAUAACAUUUAAUGCCGAACAAACAAUUGGGCGUAAUUCCGAAAUUGAAUUAUUACCGUCGGCUAUACCGAAGAAGACAGAAAUAACUUAUAAAAUUCUUAUACGAACUGGCACAUCUCAAGAAGAAGGAAACGAUAGUAAUUUAUAUAUAAUAAUACAUGGAAAAAAUGGUCAAACAAAAAAAGUUCUACUUAAUGAAACAACAAAAACAAAUAAAAAUACUUCUUUGAAAAAAAAUGAUAAAAUCGAAUAUGAAUUUAAAAUAGAUGAUGUUGGAAAGAUUUCAAAAAUUGUGCUUAGUCAAAAUCCAAAUGAACAAACACUUAUUUGGGAUAUUGAUAAUAUUACAAUCAAACGAAAUAAUGAAAAAACAACAUUCAAUGUCGAACGUAAAAUAGAAAAAGAUGAUGAAGUUGAAUUAAUACCUUCACCUAUACUGAAAAAAUCAGAAACACCACGUAAAGCAAGUAAAACAGCCGAUACAACAUCAAAACUAGUUGUCAGAAUGAAAGAUGCUGAUUAUGAAAUUAUCACAUCAACAGGUGAACAAGCACUUGAAGCUCCAGUAACAAUAAAAAUUCGUGGUGAAAAUGGUAUUGUUCGUAUUCCAUUAACACAAACAAAAAAUGGUGAACAACCAUUUCAAUCAAAAUCAACUAAUGAAUUUACAUGUAGAACAACGGAUGUUGGAAAAAUUCGACAAAUUACAGUUGAACAUAAUGGAAUGGAUAAAAAUAUUAUCUGGCACUUAAAAACCAUUCAAAUAAAAAAAGGAAAUGAAACAUAUAAUUUUAAUGCUGAUUUACGCCUUGAUUAUAAAGAAAACAAAGCAAAUCUUUAUCCUGUUGGUGCUUUAUUUGGUCAUCAGCGAGAAGAUUAUGUACAAAGUGAAUUACGUCGAUUACGAGAGAGUCUUCGAAGUGAAUCAUCAAAAUUACAUCCACCUGUGCACAAAGCUUAUGAACCAUUUGUUUAUAAUGAUUUAAGUCCUUAUUUUGAUACGAGUUCUGUUGAAAGAGCUAUUUAUUCACCAUUAGAAGCUCCACCCGGUUAUUAUACACGUUUAACAGCACUUCGUAUUGUUGAGCCAUGGGAAACAUAUGGAAUGGAUUAUGGUGUCAAUUAUGAAAUAUCAAAACAACGUAAAGGUCGUAGUUUUAGUAAUCGACGAGCUAAAACCAUUACACACAGUGGUAUUAUGAUUGUUCCACCAAUAUCAUUACCUUAUGGUGGUCAAAUAACACAUAUUAAUACAGCUGAAUUCGAGCGUGCACUGCAAGAACGAUCACGUUCAUCUAAACACCGAUCUGUAUCACAACAUAAUAAUAAUCAACAAACUCACAUUGUUAAAAUAAAUUCCUAA